AUGCUCUUCACCAUCUCCACGUUCUUCCUCUCCUUGCCACCUUCCUUUUUCUUCGUCAUCCCCAUCUUCGUCUUCAGCGCUGUUACCCUCCUCUUCGUCUCCACCAGCAUAUUCCUCAUCAGCACCACCUUUGCCCUCUUCUUCACCAUCCUCCUCUUGAUUUUCUCACUCUUUUCCCUUUUCUCUUUCUUCACCAUUGAGGCUGUUUCUCGCGCCCGCCCGCGCGCGCGGCCUUCCAGGAAGCGCCGCCGCCGCCGCCGCCAUGCAUUGUGGGGCAGCGGCAGCAGAUCCAAGAUGGCGGCCAGCAGGAGGCUGAUGAAGGAGCUUGAAGAAAUCCGCAAAUGUGGAAUGAAGAACUUCCGUAAUAUCCAAGUUGAUGAAGCUAACUUAUUGACUUGGCAAGGGCUUAUUGUUCCUGACAAUCCUCCAUACGACAAGGGUGCAUUCAGGAUCGAAAUCAACUUUCCCGCAGAGUACCCAUUCAAACCUCCGAAGAUUACAUUUAAAACAAAGAUCUAUCACCCUAACAUCGAUGAAAAGGGGCAGGUUUGUCUGCCAGUAAUUAGUGCUGAAAACUGGAAGCCCGCCACCAAAACUGAUCAAGUAAUCCAGUCCCUCAUAGCACUGGUGAAUGACCCCCAACCCGAACACCCCCUUCGGGCCGACUUAGCCGAGGAAUACUCUAAAGACCGUAAAAAAUUCUGUAAGAAUGCUGAAGAGUUUACAAAGAAAUAUGGUGAAAAGCGACCAGUGGACUAAAAAAAAACACACAACAACAACAAAACAAAACAAAACCUGACCGAGUUGAUGUCAGCAAAUGUGUGAUAGAAGAGCUGAAGCAGUGCAUUUCAGACACACCCACAAAGCAGGACUCUCUAUGGAAAAUUGACAAGUGCCACCUCUUGGUGUUAACUUGUGGCUGUUACUAACUUUCUACCGUUUCUUAAUCAAAAGUGGUCUAGGUAAUCUGUAAAGAAAGGAUUAAAAAUUUAAGAUGUUCUAAUUCUGCUUUCUUUGUUUAAAAUCACUGCUUUAAUGUACUUUAAAGAAUGCUGUUUCUUCCCCCCCCCCUUGUCACAAUUUAUCCUCCCCCCCAAAAAAACCCUUAGACUUACAACUUGCCCUUAAAAGUUCAAAAGGUCGUGGCUGUUAUUUCUUAUUUUCCUUUGCAAUUCUCAUUUUUCCCCAUUUUUUUCUAGACCCCGUCCUUUCCUCCUCCCUCCCCCCCAAAACGAAAGAAAACAAAACCAAACCUACUUAUGUCUUAGCAAAACAGAAAGAAAAUGGAGAAAGAAAGUUGAAAAAAGUUGGGCAGUUUACUUUCCUUUUCCCCUCUUAAACGUUGCACUGUGUUUCAUGGACAUCGGUCCCAAGUUUCUCUCAACUUCAGUUUGAAACAUAACAAAUAUGCCAUAUGUACAUCAAAAAAAAAAAAAAAAAACCAGAAUCCACCCCAGAUCUUUUGUAAAUCUGGCUGAUGUGGCUACAAUAAUGUUUAUUAAAUGGGGAACUCCAAGGUUUGUGUGCAUGAAUGAAUUACAGUGUGGCUAAUGUCCUGUUUGGGGGGGAAAUUUUGACACAGGAUGUUCUUUAGCAAGGGAAUAGUGGAAUGUGAUUUUUCCCCCCUUUCCUUUUCUUCUUUUACUCUUUGCUUUUAUUCUUUAGUAUCUAUGCAGACUACCUAGAAUAAAGAAUUACUCCAAAAAGCAUUGCAAGUCCAUUUGGGAGAAUUUCAAAUUGGGGACCAAGAGGAACCAAAACAGAACCAACCAAGCCCAGCUCCCCAUCCUGUAUUCUUCCCAGUUGAGAGACUUACGGGAGAAAUCCUUCCUGAAAUCUUAGUUCUGAAAAACAAAGACCUAGUUAUAGACUCUUCACCUUACCUCUUUCCUGGGCAAUGACAAGCUUAUUUUUCUCCUAAUAACGGAUUGGUUUGAUUGUCAUCCAAAAUGUAAGAAAUUUCCAGUAAGCAAUAACUGGCCAAUGGUGAAAUUGAGCAGUUGCUAUUCUCCAUAAAAUGCCUGUACAUGAAAUGUGGCAUUCCAGAAUUACACGUGUUGAUUCCGUGGCGUUGUUUAAACUCCUGCUUAAGUUAGGGGUGAAGUUCUUUCUAUGUAGAACUGAAUCCCCUUUCAAUGUAGUGUUACGUUUUAAGUUUAGGGUAUCGUUUAAGGGGGGCUAAAAGCAACUUGGUUACGUGACAAGUGACUCCCUGGCUGCUCAGUUUUAAAUGCCUGGCUUUAAGCGAGCAUUUCAACCCAUUUCUGUGAAACUGCAGUGAAGAACAAAAAAAGUGCGUAUCAUUCUGUUUUGCAUGUAUUUGCAUUCAUCAGCAUUCCAGUGGGUUAUUUUAAGGAAUCUGGAAUUAUUGUCUGUCUUUGCCAUAUUUCAGGACUAAUGUAUGUUGGGGAGCCGUGGAAUAGCAUUUCAGGUUUUUAAUAUUUUGCGUACGCCCUUUCAUCUUCCUUCUCUACUCCAGCUUUUGAUUUUGAACUAUACAAGAUUGACAGCCAAGUACCUCUGUUGAAAAGUAGAAAAAAGCCAGUUUUUUUCCUUAUCAGUUGGGGUAUGAAACAUCUCUGUUUUAAGUGUUCUUAGACAAAUUCUUUGGUAGGCAAUUAAAAGUUAAACAAAAAAAAACUAAAUGGACACUUGCAUUUCCUUAAGUGUGUGUGUAGGCUUGGUGACCAGCACUGUCUAUUACCAAAAUCUCCACAAUUUUUGUGUCUUCAUUUGCAGAAAGUUGGUACUGACUUUGUUUCAUUCACGCUCACGCAGAUUCAAAAUAAACAAAAAAUGCCAAA